CGCUCACUGCUCCACUUGAGCUCCCGCCCCGUCUCUGGGGGAAGCACUUGCACUUCAGCCAGUCCCCGCUUCGGAAAGACUUCCGGUUUCCGAGAAGGGCGGGCCUCGGCUCCGGGGGAGGGGCCGCGGGACACUCACGAUCUGUCAGGCAUGGAGCUCUGGGGCUGGGGUUGGGCAGCGGAUAAAGCCGGACCCACCGAGCUUCGGAGACGAGCUCUGGGGCGAAGAAGCUGUGAAGAGGUAAUCUUCCCGAGGCUGGGGGCGCGCUCCACCCAGCCAGCACCGGCGACAGGAACCUGGGCCCUCCACCCUCCAACCCCGCACUUGCUUCCGCCAGAUCCUCUCAGUCUGAGCCACACUGCGCCCCACCAUGCCGCUCAGCCUUUUCCGGCGCCUUCUCUUGGCCACCCUGCUGCUUGCGAUCGUCUGGACUCUCUUCGGGCCCUCCGGCAUCGGUGAGGAGCUGCUGAGCCUCUCGCUAGCCUCCCUGCUUCCUGCCCCGGCCUCCCCAGGGCCGCCCCUGGCCUUGCCCCGCCUCUUGAUACCCAAUGAGGAUGCCUGCACUCCUCCUGGUGCCCCGACCUUCCUGCUCAUCCUGGUGUGCUCCGCCACGGAACACCUGAACCAAAGAAAUGCUAUCCGGGCCUCGUGGGGAGGGGUGCGUGCUGCCCGAGGGCUCAGGGUGCAGACUCUCUUUCUGUUGGGAGAGCCCCAUGGAACUUAUUCCGACCAGAGUUCCCAGAAGCAGCUGGAACGGGAGUCUGCAGCUAAAGGGGAUAUUUUGCAGGCUGCCUUCCAGGACUCCUAUCGCAACCUUACUCUCAAGACCCUCAGCGGGCUGAACUGGGCAGAUAAGUACUGCCCCAUGGCUCGCUAUGUCCUCAAGACCGACGAUGAUGUGUUUGUCAACGUCCCGGAGCUGGUGGCAGAGCUGAUCCGAAGAGGGGGCCGUUGGGAGCAAUGGGAGAAGGGCAUAGAUCCCCAGAGAGAAGCUGGGGUUGAAAACAGACAGCAGGAAGGAAAGUCCACCUUGGGGAGCCGACAGGUGCCUCUCCUGUAUCUGGGCCGGUUGCACUGGCAGGUGCACCCCUCUCGAACACCAGGGGGCAAGCACCAUAUAUCAGAGGAACAGUGGCCUCUCAGCUGGGGGUCCUUUCCACCCUAUGCCUCUGGCACAGGGUAUGUGCUGUCAGCUUCUGCUGUGCAACUCAUCCUGAAAGUAGCCAGCCGGGCUCCCCCUCUACCACUGGAGGACGUCUUUGUAGGGAUAAGUGCCAGAAGAGGAGGCCUCAGCCCAACUCAUUGUGUCAGGUUAGCUGGUGCCACCCACUAUCCUCUAGACCGGUGCUGCUAUGGAAAAUUCCUGCUGACCUCCCACAGGUUGGACCCCUGGAAGAUGCAGGAAGUCUGGAAGUUACUGGGAGGCACUGAGGGAGGAAGGACUAAACCCUUCUGCACAUGGCUCCAGGGAAUACUGGGCAUUGCACGGUGUCGGAUAAAUGCCUGGUUUCAAAGCUGAGAGGCUUGAGGAAUGGAGAUGCACCCAGCACCCCCAUCACUGUCCCUCCCAGACCCAAGGGCAGGGCUCACUGGCUGCAGCUGAUCAGGUUCUCUAGACUGACUGCUCUGGCUGUUACCAAAGACUGAAGCAUACAGGAGAAACCUAAGGACCAGCCAGCCCCAAAGAUGAUCAUCAGGAAGAGGAAAUAACAAACAAUGGGCUUGUUCCCUCCGUUAUGGCAGAAGGGGCACAAACUCCUCAAUAAACUUGUCUUUCUA